UAUUAAUAAAAAAUAACUAUAAGGUUUUUUGGACCUGGAACAUAAAACUUUAACUCCUUUGUGAGAAACAAACGCUUGGAUUUACUGAGGGAAAACUCUGAAUCAGAGGAUUUAUUAACGGGAAAGCAGCCUCAGCUGAAGGAAUGCCCAGUCGGACAAUGGAAAAGGAGGGAGGAGAAGAAGAGUGGAAGUACAGGGCCGAGCGAGGGGGUGAAACAGUCUGAGUGCCAGCUGGUUACGGAGGAUUUUGGCAAAGUCCAACGAUUGUGGCGUUUCCAAGGAAGCAGCCGUGCAACUAAGUUCACAGAGCAGAAGCUAAACUCACUGGAAGAUCAUUGAUGUAUCAAGAAGAUGAAACUAAAAUCGGUGGAGCGAAAAGAAGAACAGGUAACACUGACCGAGUGGGCACAGGCUAUCCUGUGGAGGAUCACAUGGCCGCAUCAGAGACGACAGGUACCGGAUGCAGUUCUGUUGCCAAGGUGACAGACUUAAUGGGAACUGACCUGGACUUGGACCUGCGGGUUCUGUGCAACAGAGUGAGGGUCCUGGAGCAGAAAGAAGGUUCGGACCUCCAGUCAGACAGAUACCUGAGGAACAGGAUCAGAGAGUUAGAGAGGUCAGAGAGGAGCCUGCUGCUACAGCUAGCCUCUGCCUCUGACCACCGCAGCAUGCAGUACUCCCAGAGGCUGGACCAGAGGCUCCACAUGCUCAGGGCGGAGGUCAGGACCAUGACCCAGGAGAAAGAGCAAGGGGAGCGGGUUUGGAGGGAUCGACUGCAGCGCUGUCAGAGGCAGCUGAAGGCCAAAGAGGAUGAGAUGAGUCGCCAGUCCCAGUACUUUGAGAACUUCAAAACUCAACUCCAACACAAGCUUAGCCUGGCCCGGGACAGAGAGCAGAGCCUUCAGAACCGGAUCUACUCGUUAGAAAAGCAGGUGCUGGAGAUGACCGUGAGUGCUGCCACUGGCAUGGCAACAAUCGGUGCAGUCAGAAUCACUGCUGAGACUGUAACACGCUGGGAAGAACAAGAGAGGCUACCUUCCAUGAGAGGAGAGGGUGAAGGAGAAGAGGCAAGGAAGGAGGAGAGGAGGAAGCAAUGGCAGCCAAGUUUCGGGCCUGAGGGGGAAGGAGGGAAAGACGAUGAGGGAAAGACGGAGAAAGACAUACAAGGGGGAAGAGUCCAAGACACAGGGCAGAAAUCAGAUGAAGCCAGGCUGCAAGGCUUCAUCUUGAGCCUGCAGGAGGAUCUGCGGGUGCUGCUGGAGAGAGAGGAGGAUGGCAUGACCGAGCGGAGGGGGCUGAUGGAGCAGCUCCAGGCAGCCCAGGAGAACAGCCACUUUCUGGGCUGCAAGGUGGAGGAUAUGAAAGCCGAGGUGCAACAGCUGAAGCUGUCUGAGGGCUCAUUAAUGGAGGAGGUGGAAGAGCUGAGAGAGGAGAAACAUAAACUCCAGCAGAUGCUUUCAGAUACAGCUAACCAAACACACAGUCAGUCACCGGCAUGCCUGGCUCCUGGGACCAUCUCACCCAGCUGCAGUCCUGCUGUUUGUCCUGCGCCCUCCAGCACUCUCCCCUGUAAUGCCAUGGAUCAUUCUUCAGCGGGGAACUCUGGAGAGGUCCAUCUAACCUCAGACAAGGAAACAGACCAGCCUCAUGCAUCUGCAGUUCUACCUGUUCACCACCAGGCUUCAGCAGAGAGCACACAGAUCAACAAAGAGGAACACUCCUCAUCUGCCAAAUCAGAAUCUCCACCCAACAAUGGCCCUUUGAGCCUCUUUCACCACCCUGGCUCCAACCCCAUUCGCCAGUCACUUCCUUUCACCACAGAGACGUUAGAUGAGUUAAAACUGGGGACCUGGUGCUCCAGAGGGAUGCUAAACCUGGAGCAGAGCCCCAGUGAGGAAUCUGAUGCCCUUAGGGAUGCCUACAGGAGCUUGGGGCUGGGGGAGGAUCUUGAAGCACUUCAAGAACAUCGUGACCACCUGGAGGUUGCCCUGCAGCACACGCAGGAGCAGCUGCAGAUGAUGGCUCAAGAGAAUACUCGACUGAAACUGCAGCUCAGGAAAGAGGUGGAGGAGGAGCUGGGGUCUGUAAGAGAAAAGAUUGACACGCUGACCACCUGGAAUGGAGCUGAAGAUAAUACCACUCUUGCUCUUGACCAGGAUGAUCUUGUCCAGGCCCUGAAUCAGGAGAACCGGGCCUUGGCCGACCGGAUCCAGGAGCUUCUGGCUCACAUUGAGCUUAGAGAAGAAGAGAUGAAGAAGGAGGAAAAACAGCUGAGGGAGCAUAUCUCAGACUUGGAGGAGAAUGGAGACAGACUGAAGCAGGAGAAUCAGGAACAUGAGUGUCUGAUUACAGAACUCACCAAGAAGACGGAGGAUGAUCUCAAUACCAUCAUGGAGCUGCAGCAAAAGUUAUCGGAGGCUGAACAGCAUAUGGAAGAAACACAGGUUGAUAAGGAACCGUGUGGAUCAGGACGUUUUCCACAAAACAACCUGGAAGAAUUUGUGGACAGUUUGGUGGAAAGUGUGCUGCAAGCUGAAGAACAACAAUUGAUAUCCUGUCAUCACCAGGUAGAUUCGGCUGCAGCUUCAGCGCCUGUUUCCAAACAUGGAAGUCACUACGAUCUGUUGCAGAAGAGCCUGCAUGUGAAUUCACUAACUGAUCAAGUGGGCCAGCUGACCAAGACGAUUCAGAGCCUUAAAACAGAACAAGAGGAUCUGUCAGGCAACAUAGAAUCUCUCCGCGAGCAGCAGAGAGAAGUAUCGCUGUCAGUACAAACACAGACAGAAGUGAAGCAGCAGUUAACCCGCUCAGUUUGGGGACUUAAGGAGGAGAAAGACUGCAUCUCUCGAUAUCUGGCCGGUCUCAAACAAGAGAGAGAGCAGCUUACCAGGACAGUCUGUGGGCUUAAAGAUGAGAGGGACCAGCUCAUAAGGUCUUUGAGCAGCCUGAAAGAGGAGAAAGAGCAGCUCACUAAAUCGUUAUCUGCUCUCGAGAGAGAACAUGGAAAACUCUCAGAAUCUCUCUCUAGUGGAAAAGAAGAGAAAGAUCAGAUCAUGCAGUCACUACAAAGUUUACAGACAGAGAGUGACCAGUUAAUCCCGGCAGUGCUUUAUCUGAAACAGGAGAGAGACGAACUAACCAAUUCCCUUAAAUGUCUGAAGGAACAAAGAGACACGGAACAAUCAUCUUACACUUUAAAAGAAGACUCCGACAAGCUGAUAAAAUCAGUUAGCAGUCUGAGGGAAGAAAAGGAAAGUAUUGAACUUUCAAUCAGUUGUUUGCGACAGGAGGAAGGGCAGAUAAAGCUACAACUUCAGGCCCUAGAAGAGGAAAGAAAGAACCACAAAGCUGCUCUACCCAGCCAAACACAAACAGACGGGCACAAUCAGAAGCAGCAUCUCCUGAAUCCAGACAGUGCCGUCACAACAAAGAAAGCUGAGAUUAUUGUUGGUGCUACACAGAGAUGUCAGACCGGUGAUGACCGAGGAAUCCAUCUACAGGACCAAAGUGAUCUGAUGAGGGAGAUUGACGCUUUGGGAGCAGAACUAAAGAAGUCGCGAGAUGAACUGGGAAAGAACCACUUGGAUACCAAGAGGCUGCACAGUGAAUUGUUCCAAUCAGAAGCCAGGAGGGAGGAGGUGGAGAGAAAGAUGAUGAGGCUGACGGAUGUGGCCAAUCAGAUGGAAGAAACCAGAAAGGAAAAUGACAGCCUCAUAACCCAGGUGAAGGAGCUGCAGAGCAAACUGACAGGCCUGGUCAGAGAGAGGAAUGAUGCUCUGUCACUAAAGGCACAGAUAGAGGAGCAACACAACAUCCUCACAGCUCAGCUCAAAGCUAAGACUGUGGCUCUGGAUGAGCUGAACUCAGAGUAUAUCGCUCUCAAACGAGGGCAGAGCAGCAAAGACGAUCCGAACACCAUUCUUGUCUCACUCAGGACACGUUACAACGACAUCAGAGCUAAGUAUGAUGCACUCCUGAAGAAGAGGAGCCAGAUUGAUCUGGAUAUGGCUCCUUUAAAGGCCAAGCUGUCCUGUCUGGUGGUGAAGUGUCAGGAGAGGAACAGCUUGUUGCUUCAGAUGAUGAAGGCCAUGCGCAAGCGAGGCUGUGUGGACGUCACACUCACACAGCAGGUUGAGCAGCUGCUCAGUGACGCUGCUCUGCAGGACUACACCACAGCAUUCACACCAGUCGGCCACGUUAAGCCCCGGGAUUACAGCGCUGAGUUUACACCAGGAUUUAUUUCAAACUUUCAAGACCACACCAACGGAUUCAUACCUGAUCAGACCUGCUCUACUACGCCGCCACUCAUAGAUCAGCAGAACCUAAAUGUAUUCACACCUGGAGAGAAAUAUCAAGCACUCAAAAGUGAAAAACAUACAUUUUUAGUCUCCACUGAAUCCACAAGCAGCAGCAGCAAAGUCUCACCUAGACCAACAGGGACACUAAAGAGAAAAGCCAACUCACCUGUGCCAGCCUUACUGGUGCUAGAGUCUGCCAGUGUGCAGCCUUCACCACCACCAGAUGACUCAGCCCUGAGCGAGAGCUUGAUCCCCAUUACAGCACAGCUCUCUCCCUCCAUCAGUGGAUCAGUCCAAGUAACCAGCAGACCUGAGAAAUUUGGGUGUCAUCAUCCAGACGUGAAAGGAAAGUCCUCCCAAACUCAGACCACUUCGACUCAGUCCUCACAGAGUCCAUCUCCUUCGUCCUCCGGCACCCGUGUCGGUCUGGGCCGGAGGCUGAGCAGUCCUGAGAAGAUCAUCAGCCUACAUGAGCAGCUGCAGAAGACUCUCAUGAGCAGCUAUCAGGCUCCAGUGAGCAGAGGAAGAGGACAGCAACCGAGGAAAAGUCUCUCCUUUUCAGCUCCUGCAGACCUGGGAACAGCCUCUCAGGCGGAGAAGCAAAGUUUCAAUAUACCACCUACCAACUUGCUCCUAGUCCCCACAGCUUCAAGCCCAGUUAAACACACUCCUGCAGUUACAACCACAUCUGCCUCCUCUCACAAGUCAACAGCACUUUUUAAUGCAGUCACCUCAAGAUCCGCUAAUGUCACAUUCAGUAACAACAUGUUUACAAACCAUCACAUUAAAGUCGAAUCUAAAACUACUUCUGCUCAUUCUCGCUCCUCAAACUUUCCUGUUCCUGCUGCGGCACCAAGCAAAGCCAAAUCGAGCAGUCACACAGCAUCCCCACACCUGAUAAAGAAAAUCACUGCUGACACGUCUGAUGGUAAACAUACCGCCUCUACUCCUUUAACUCUGAGCACCACUAACUUUGACUCUGAUGUCACAAAUCCAAAAACCACUGCCUCAGACAAAACUGCCCCGAGCACACCGACUGCCCCCGAGGCUCAUCAUUUCAGCAUGCCUUCUAAAACCGAUGGUGCUGCCCCUGUACACGGUGGGCUUGUUUAUGCUGCAUCCCACAGUCUGUCUGCUCUUUGCUCUCCUGAGAGGUCCGACAAGUCUGCCACAAAGUCCACUACUGCUCUGGAAAAACCCAAGACAGCAAGACCCAAACCAGAGGCUCCAGCCGAGGUUCGCUGUUUGCAGGUCAUCAAAACAGUGGGCCGCAGCAGCCUCAUGAUUGGCUGGGAGAGGCCACCGCUGGACGAGCUGGGCUGCAGCAACGGCACAUUUGUGUACGGAUACAGGGUGUUUGUAGAUGAGGACUUCCACAAAUCCGUCAUGAGCUCAGCGUGCACCAAGUGUAUUCUGGAGAAUGUGGACCUGAGUGUCCCGGUCCACAUCAGUGUCCAAACGCUGGGCUCUAACGGUCUCAGCUCAAACAGUGUCCACACAACUUUCAGGACUCAGCACUGACCCCAGCGAACAUGGUGGUGGCAUACGACAACAAUGCACAGCCAUCUAUAGCUGCAGCCCUCUGAGGGAUCGUCCUAACCUCCACCUCAGCAGACAGCGCGGGCGACACACCGUCACACUGCUGGGAACGCCCUCAGGCUCAGAUCAACAAAUCAGAGAAACUCAUCCCACAUUGUCGUUACUAGCCUAUGAACAUGCAGUGACCCGUGGCCGGCAGCUUAACCUAAAAAAAAAAAUUCACUGAAGAUGUCAAACAAAACGCUGUGUCAGAUUUCUGGGCAGGUGAAGAUCAGCUUGACUCUUGUUGGAAGAACUUCCUGUUUCCUGGAUUCACCUCUUGAAUGGAUGUCAUGUUCCCUAAGUGAGAGGCUGAAGUGAUUGCCAAUCGAACAAACCCUGACAAACUGAUGUAAAGUGUCACAUCACUACAAACUAUAUGAAGCCAAGAUCAAUCACAAUGUCAAAAGCUGCCUGUGACACCAACAUUUCCUGACAGAGCAUGUCGGAGGGACGUCUGCAUCUGCUGCACAUACAAACACUGUGUUAAAACGCUGAGAGGUCGCGUGUCAUACAGCUUCAUCUGCCUCUGUGGACUCUGUGACACGAACCGCUGGAUAUUCACUGUACGAAAACUGUAUAAUGUGCCGACGCAACAUUGCACCCUGAGGUCGUCUUACUUGAUUUUUACACAUGAAGCCAAAUAUGAGAAAAAAAAAAGAAGAAGUAUCACUCCAAAGACUUAUCCGUUUCCUUCUCCUCACAGGUCCACAAUGUUACUCAACACACAGAAGCCAGGUGUUCUUUAAGUUCUGAUAUUUGCACACUGUCUAAAAAAUGAAAUCUAAAAAAAAGAAAAGAGAUUAUCACUGAUAUUUUUUUGUAGAGAAUAUUAUACAAAAAAUAUGCCAAUCUACCACAUACUGUACGUCUUUAUGUGUGAGUGACACGCUUGUUUUUCACACCUGACAGAUGUUACAUUUGCACGCUCACAUUGUUUUUUUGUUUUAUAUGAUGUUCACGACACACACGAUGAUGUUCUUUUGCUACUUAUAGUAUGUAUGUGUGGGUGUAGAGUGAUCAUGGUGCAGCAAAGGUAUUUUUCUAUCAGUAAUUGAGAAUAUUUGAUUUCCCAUUGAUUCCUUCUGACUGUACAGAGAUUAAAUGUUUAUAUAAUAUUAACUGUCA